CUUUUUCAAAUUUGCGCUGCAUGAAGUUGGCUGCGCCCUGUUAAAUGCGUCUCGCCAGCCCUGGUGCAAAUGCAUUAAAAAAAAUAAAUAGGGAAUCAUCACGCAUCAUUUGUAGUGCUAAUAAUUUAUAAAAAGCAUUAAGCAUUGAGAGUGCAGCCACAUUAUUAUGAAUUUGACGGAGCAGAAUCCGUAUGGCAAUGGGCUGCUCUAUGCUGGCUUCAACCAGGAUCAAGGAUGUUUUGCUUGUGCCACAGACACCGGAUUUCGGGUGUACAAUUGUGACCCACUAAAGGAAAAGGAACGUCAAUACUUUCCCGAAGGUGGUCUCAGCCAUGUAGAAAUGCUGUUCCGAUGCAAUUAUUUGGCGCUUGUUGGCGGCGGCAUUCGUCCAUUGUAUCCGCCCAAUAAAGUGAUUGUUUGGGAUGAUCUACGUAAAUCGCCGGCCAUCUCGUUGGAAUUCAAUCAGCCAGUGCGCGCCGUUCGUCUGAGACGCGACCGGAUUGUCGUCGUGCUAGAGGGAGUGAUCAAGGUGUAUACAUUCACACAGCAGCCACAGCAGUUGCAUGUGUUCGAGACAAGCGCCAAUCCGAAUGGCCUGUGCGUCCUCUGUCCGCACAGCAAUAAGAGUCUGCUCGCAUUCCCGGGUCGGCGUACCGGUCACGUACAAAUCGUCGAUCUUGCCAACACGGAGCGUGCCCCCUUGGAGGUAAUUGCGCAUGAGGCAGCCAUCAGUUGCAUUGCAUUGAAUUUGCAAGGCACUCGCCUGGCCACAGCCGGCGAGAAGGGCACACUUAUACGCAUUUUCGAUACGGAGAACGGCAAAAAGGUGUCCGAAUUGCGACGCGGCAGCAAUCAUGCAAACAUAUUCUGUAUCAAUUUCAAUCAUCAAUCGACCAUGAUUGUUGUUGCCUCAGAUCAUGGAACCAUACAUGUCUUCAAUUUGGAGGACAACAAGCAGCGCGAAUCAUCGCUACCGAUAAUACCCAAGUAUUUCUCAAGUCAAUGGAGCUUCGUUAAAUUCUCCAUACCGCAGGGACCUCGCUGUAUUUGUGCCUUUGGCGCCGAUUCAAAUUCGGUUGUGGCCAUUUGCGCGGAUGGUCACUAUUAUAAAUUCCUAUUCAAUACCAAGGGUGAAUGUAGUCGUGAUGUUUGCACGCAGUUCCUGGAACUGCAGGAUGACGAAACUUAAAGUUGAACAAUUAUUGUGUGGCGCCCCCAUAUAAGCUUACAUAUUAACGAUAUCUACAUAUAAUAUACAAAAUAUAUAUAUAUAUAUGAAAAAUGUGUUAUACAA